AUGUCGUCUUCACAAUUUAGACGAGAAUAUAAGCAGAAAUUACAGGUAGAGAAGGAGGAGGCGCACAGAAAACAAAUAAGGAUUAGACAGAAAAGAAAAAGUGAAAAGAAAGAUCAAAAUAAUAAUGACGAGGAUCAGGAGAGUAAGAAGAAAAGUUUGUGUUGUGCGGAGGAAGAUAAAAGUAAUAAGGAAGGACAGCAGGUAAAGAAAAGCCGAAAAGUCAGUAAAUCUAGGAAAGUGAAGAAAGUGAAAGCUAGUACUAGCAAGUCAGUAGAUUACCCGUGUGGUUUUUGCCAGCAAGAAUGCGUUGUUGAUAGUGUUUGUUGCGAUCUUUGUGAUCAAUGGAUACAUUUUGCUUGUUUAGGAAUGACAGGAGAGGAAGAAGAAUUUAUAGCUGACUGGUUUUGUCCACAGUGUAAAGAUUCUUGA